UGGGGCUGAUGCCUCUGACCUUUGUUUUGCUGGAAAAUGUCAGGUACUUAUAAAUUCAAAGGGAGGGCUGGACACUCAGCUCCAGUAAUAGGAGACUCACUCUACCUGUGGGGAGGGGACCAGCCUGACUUACCUAAGGUACACGAUUCACCUCAAAAAAGGAAACUGACCUCAACAGUUGAGACAUAUUCUUUUUCAUCAGCUCGCUGGUCCUCUCACCUAACAAGAGGCACUCCUCCAUUAGGAGUCAUUGGCUACUCCUGUACCACCUUUCGUUCUAAUAUUUAUUAUUAUGCUGGUGCCUGUGGUUAUUUCUACAACAGUUUAAAUGUAAUAAAUACACUGACCAUGAGCUGGACUCAAUUGCAUCCUAAUGAUGAGUCCAUGAUGAAGAAAACCUUUGCUGGAAUGCUAUCACUGGAAUUUGAUGGAACUGACUAUCUUUUUAUGGUUGGAGGGAUAGGUCCUUUACCACCUGUCAAGCAUCCUCAGUUUCAAUAUGAGCAGAUCAAUAAGGAUGGCAGUGUUAUUACUAAUGAACAGUUACUUUAUAAUCUAUCUAAUAAAAAAUUCACAGUUCCAUCUGUCAGUGGGCAAUGUUGUCGACCAAAUAGUCAAUUUUCAAUCAAUAAAAUAAAUCAAAAUAAAGGAAUAAUCUUUGGAGGAAUGGCAACUCAUGAUGAUCUUUUCUUUACACCUACUAAUCAUGUGUACAUAUUUCAUGUGACACACAAUACAAUACAUUGGGAGAGUAUUAAAAAAGGAUCUUUAUCUGGUGAAGGACUCUGGCCUAAAGAGAGGGGCUGGCAUGCCUGUGCUAUUAUCAAUGAUAGCUUUACCUCACCUGAACUAGUAGUGAUUGGUGGACUGGAUAGUGAUAAUGCACUAGUGAAUGAUUGUUUCUUAUUGGCCUCGCCUACGCGAGUACAUGAAGCUGGUGAAUGGAUAGUAUAG